UGAGACAUCCCAAAGCCCUUAACACUCCAGAUAUUAAACGUCCUCCUGGACAUUUUGCCAGUUUGCAAAGAUUACACAAAAAUGGACUAUAAAUUCAAAAUUUAUGCAAGCUGUGUGGCUUGAUGCAGACUAACUUGCUCUUAAAAUGGAGGACAUGAAAUUAGCAAGACACUGCGAGAAGUGAAUGAAGCUAGAGUAAACUUCUGAAAAGCUGUGUAUCUAAUAAUCACAGAACAUUGCUUUUCUGUCUUACAUUCUUCUAACAAACUUUGGUUCUGAGGCUUUUUGUCCUGUGAGGCAGUCACAGAGGUUUUGUGGGCUUUUUGGUCAGAAAAAAAGAAACUUUCCUGCCCACAGCAGCUGGUUGAGAUUAGGACAGUUUCCUGCCUGAGGAAGGAACAGGAAGAGAAAGGAGGAAGAAAUGCAUAAGACGACUGAGGAGACAGUAAACAUCUCAUAGUUUGAGAACAGGAAAUGCUGUGAGCUUUCCCCUUGUCCUCUCCUAGCAAGAUCAGAAGUAUCAGAAUUUAGGCAAGGAACAAAAGAAUGCCUUGAAGAAAUAAUCAGGAAGCAAAACUUAGCUGAAAAUCUCUCCUUUGUGUAUUCUCCGACCCCACUCAUCCCACCCUGCACUUACCUUGUUUAUCUCCUCCAAGUCUGCUGGGGACACUGGAGCAGACAGGUGUUGUCCCAUCCUGAUUGUCCAUUUUCUAUCCCAUUGCUGGUUAUCUGUGCAAGUGUAUCUGUGUGUAUGUGUGUGUAUAUGUGUGUGUAUGUGUGUGUGUGUGUUGAAUCUCCCUAGGUCAAAAUACUUGUAACCAGAUGUAUCAGCGUCCCACCCAAAUCCAGAACCCUCCUGACUAUCACUGUUUUUAUCAUAUGGAAGUCAUCCUCAAUCUCUGUCUACCUUCCUUGUAAAGCCUAGUUUUCCUCUGCCUCGUGGUCCAGAGGAAGGCGUUCUUAACUUCGGAUUCAUGAACCCCCCAGAAUUAUUGUGUGUGCAUUCAUUUUUCUGGGACUAAAGUGGGUUGAAAAUUUUUAUUAGCUUGUCGUGGGAGUCUAUGAAUCCCAAAGGUUAAGAACCACCUGUCUGAGAAUAUGGUUCCAGCUAUUUCCUCAUCCCAAGCCAGGUUAGGAACCUCUGGGCAAAUAGAAGAGUGUCCCCUAAUUAUCCCCUUCUCCAGGAUGUGGGGGCUCAAGGUUCUACUACUGCUGCCUGUGGUGAGCCUUGCUCUGUACCCCGAGGAGAUGCUGAACACCCAGUGGGAGCUAUGGAAGAAGACCUACAGAAAGCAGUAUAACAGCAAGGUGGAUGAAGUCUCUCGGCGUUUAAUUUGGGAAAAAAACCUGAAGCAUAUUUCCAUCCAUAAUCUCGAGGCCUCUCUUGGUGUCCAUACAUAUGAACUGGCCAUGAACCAUUUGGGGGAUAUGACCAGUGAAGAAGUGGUUCAGAAGAUGACUGGACUCAAAAUACCCCCCUCUCAUUCCCGCAGUAAUGACACCCUCUAUAUCCCAGACUGGGAAGGCAGCCCAGACUCUAUUGAUUAUCGGAAGAAGGGAUAUGUUACUCCUGUCAAAAACCAGGGUCAGUGUGGUUCCUGUUGGGCUUUUAGCUCUGUGGGUGCCCUGGAGGGCCAACUCAAGAAGAAAACUGGCAAACUCUUAAAUCUGAGUCCACAGAACCUGGUGGACUGUGUGUCUGAGAAUGAUGGCUGUGGAGGGGGCUACAUGACCAAUGCCUUCCAGUAUGUGCAGAAGAACCGGGGCAUUGACUCUGAAGAUGCCUACCCGUAUGUUGGACAGGAUGAAAGUUGUAUGUACAACCCAACAGGCAAGGCAGCUAAGUGCAGAGGGUACAGAGAGAUCCCUGAGGGAAAUGAAAAAGCCCUGAAGAGGGCAGUGGCCCGAGUGGGACCCGUCUCUGUGGCCAUUGAUGCAAGCCUGACCUCCUUCCAGUUUUACAGAAAAGGUGUGUAUUACGAUGAAAACUGCAAUAGUGAUAAUCUGAACCAUGCAGUUUUGGCAGUGGGAUACGGGAUCCAGAAGGGAAACAAGCACUGGAUAAUUAAAAACAGCUGGGGAGAAAACUGGGGGAACAAAGGCUAUAUCCUCAUGGCCCGGAAUAAGAACAACGCUUGUGGCAUUGCCAACCUGGCCAGCUUCCCCAAGAUGUGACUUCAGCCAGGCAACCCCAUCCUGCUCUUCCAUUCCUUCCACAAUGGUGCAACAUACUGAUAUACCUUGGAAGGGAAUUGGUGUGCCUUUCUUGAAGAAGAUGUAAUGAUACAGAGAUUGUCUGUUCAGUUUCCAUGUUUGUUUGUGCUUCAAGUGACACUCCUACUACUUUUCUUCUCUCCACCCAAGGUCUUUAUUUUUUCAUUAGAAAUAGGAAAUUUCCCUAACAGGUAUGCAUUCUUAGGCUAAGAGAUGUGACCACAACCUGCCCUGACUGUGUUGUCCUGGGGCCAAUGCUGUGUAAAUAGAGGCUAGAGAUCUUCAGCUAGGCUAGAUUCUCAUUCACAGGGACUAGUUAGCUUUAACCACUCUAGAGGACUAAGGUGACCUGACUUCUCAGUCUCCACAUUUACUUCUAUAUCUUCAAGGUAGAAAUUCCACCCCAUUAAUAAAUCUAUUCAUGAAUCUUUGGUACAAGGUUACAUGAUACAACAAAUGUGUUUUGUUUUUCCUUCUUUGCAUUUAUAAAGUAAACUGUAUUUAUCGCUUAUCUCUAAUUAUCUAAUUAUCUCUAAUUUAAUAAAUAGCUAUUUAGUAAACGUUCAUUUUGUGUCAGAUACCAUGCUAGGUGCUGGAGACAAAAAGAUGAACAAAACAUAUUCCUUAUAUGUGAUGUGCUCACAAUUUGUCUGGAGAUUCUGCUGCAUAAACAAUUUGUCCUAAUUCAUUUAUUUGUUCAUUCCUUCAACAUUUUUAUUAUUUUUUUAAUAGAUCUUUAUUGGAGUAUAAUUGCUUCACAAUACUGUGUUAGUUUCUGUUGUACAACAAAGUGAAUUAGCCAUAUGCAUACAUAUAUCCCCAUAUCCCCUCCCUCUUGAGCCUCCCUCCCACCCUCCCUAUCCCACCCCUCUAGGUCGUUGCAAAGCACCGAGCUGAUCUCCCUGUCCUAUGCUGCUGCUUCUCACUAGCUAACUAUUUUACAUUUGGUAGUGUAUAUAUGUAGAUGCUACUCUCACUUCACCCCAGCUUCCCCCUCUCCCGCUGUGUCCUCAAGUCCAUUCUCUAUGUCUACGUUUUUAUUCCUGCCCUGCAGGUUCAUCAGUGAGAUGAACAUUUUUUUUUUUUUAGGUUCCAUAUAUAUGUGUUAGCCUAAGGUAUUUGUUUUUCUCUUUCUGACUUCAGUCUGUCUGACAGACUCUAGGUCCAUCCACCUCACUACAAAUAACCCAAUUUCAUUUCUUUCUACGGCUGAGUAAUAUUCCAUUGUAUAUAUGUGCCACUUGUUCUUUAUCCAUUCAUCUGUUGAUGGACAUUUACAACCAACAUUUUUAAAGUGCUUAGUCAGUAUUAAGAAUUGUACUAAGAGACUGGUUCAAGAUGGUGGAGUAGAAGGACGUGUGCUCACUCCCUCUUGCGAGAGCACCGGAAUCACAACUAACUGCUGAACAAUCAUCGACAGGAAGACAGUGGAACUCACCAAAAAAGAUACCCCACAUCCAAAGACAAAGGAGAAGCCGCAAUGAGACAGUAUCAAGAGCUGCACUGGGGUCUAAAGAUUCUUCUCAACUACUCCUGUUCCUUUUCCCAUUACCCUUCAGAAGCACUGACCCCCAGUAAUUGUCUUGCACUUCUAAUUCCCUCUUGGUGUCUGCUUCUUGGAGGACCUGAACAGACAUAGCCUAUAAAUAACAGAAGACUAGUAUCUAGAACGUAUAUGUAAAAACAAAUAAACUACAGAUUGAUGAGAUAAAAACAAAUAAUAGAAAAUUAGGCAAAAGACACAAACAGGCAAUCCACAGAAGAAAUCUAAAAAGCCAAUGAAUACAGGAAAAGAUGCCUGAUCUCAUAGAGAAAGCCAGGGCGUUGCAACGAAAACCCAAAGCAGCUAAACAAACAAAUAAAUAAAUAAAUAUAUUUU